AUGGCAUUGGAAGAUCGUUGCAGUCCUCAAAGUGCACCCAGUCCGCCACACCACCAUCAUCACAGCCAAAGUCCAGUGAAUUCUGCUACCGCAACGAUGUUGACCACCACAGGAGGAGCUCGCAUCUCACCUACUGGCGACGAGAUGUCGCCACUUGUACCGAUCUCCCCGAUUCACAUCAAGCAGGAAGUGAUGGAUCCCAUUCCACCGCAACCAACGCAACAAGCGGGCAUCUCCUUUUCGAUUUCCAACAUUUUGAGCGAGAGUUUUGGAAAAGUACCCUCCGCACCCGCUGUUCCUAUCCACCAUACAGUGAGUCCCAUGGCAAGUCCUCCAUGCAGUUCCGAUUCAAACAGCCCCAAUGGACCGAUAAUGCACCUCCAUCAUCCGGGUCUUCAGCAGCAGCGCUCUUUGGAUCGAAGGGACAGCUUAUUUCGGCCGUAUGACAUUAGCAAAUCCCCCCGCUUAUGUUCCAGCAAUGGUAGCAGUAAUCACAACCCUUAUCAUACUGAUAGCGAGUCUCAGGACUCGAGCUGUUAUGAGCCUCAAGCUGCAGCAGCGGCUGCCGCUGCCAGUAUGUUGAUGUUCAACAAUAACCACUACCACCCCCGAAUUCCGACAUUGUACGACUUCAGCACGAAAACCAUCCCUAGCAUAGACCCCCGGUCGCCGCUGCUGAACGGCUUCAGUCACACCAGUUACCCUAAGCUGCACGAAGAAAUCAUCAACAGCCAUCGUAAGUUCCAAGCCAAACUGCUAGAAAACCAAGCGAAAGCCGCGGCCGCUGCAGCAUCGCUUCACCCGCACUCGAUGCCCCCGCUAGGAUCGCUGUGUAAAACGGUCUCACAAAUCGGACAACACGUGGCUUCCUCCGGAAGUGCACUAUCCUCCAGUGGUGGCCUAAACGGAACCGCCCUGGACGCACGCAGCAACGCUAGCAAUAGUCCCAAACUUAGCCCGCGGCCCAUUCCGAAACCGACGGCAACGGUUGCCUCGAGUUUGCCCGGAAAUGGUGGCUCCGGCAGUAAUGGUCACUCGACCGAUGGAAGCGGUAACAAUGGUGGUAACAGUAACAACGCUGCUCACGGCAAUGGUAAUUCUAUGGUUAAUGGAAGCCAUCAUAACGAUGGAGCCUCGUCCGAUGAUGCUCGCUCGGAAACCGGUAGCAGCAAGGAUGGCGACAGCGGAGGCAAUCUGUGGCCGGCCUGGGUGUACUGUACCCGGUACAGUGACCGACCUAGCUCGGGUCCCCGCUACCGUCGGACAAAGCCUCCCAAAGAGAAAGGCGAAAGUGAGGAAAAACGUCCCCGGACAGCUUUUACCACUGCCCAGCUGCAAAGACUGAAGAACGAAUUCAACGAAAAUCGUUACCUGACGGAAAAACGACGUCAAGCGCUCAGUGCCGAGCUGAACCUCAACGAGUCGCAAAUCAAAAUUUGGUUCCAAAACAAGCGAGCCAAAAUUAAGAAAACUUCCUCGGAAAAGAACCCCCUGGCCCUGCAGCUGAUGGCACAGGGGCUGUACAACCAUUCUACGGUACCGCUGACCAAGGAGGAGGAAGAGCUGGAAAUGCGCAUGAACGGUCAAAUCCCGUAG